AUGGCUGGAACCUAUGCGAACAGCGAACGGGUCGAACCCGGCUCAGUCAACCUUCCACCCCGCGCGUAUCCCCCAUCGGUUCGCUCGACGUCCGUUGAUGCGGGGAAGGCUGCGGCAGAUGUCAUCGACGCCUUCAACGCCGCACUGAGAACCAAGAACUACAAGGAGCUUGCGCAACUGUUUGUUUCUGACGGCUAUUGGAGGGACCACCUGGCCCUCUCGUGGGAUCUACGUACCUUGAAAGGGAGGGACAAGAUCCAAAGCUUCCUCAGCCAGGCUUGCCGAUUGAAGGAAGUUCUCAUCGACACAUCCACAGCAUACCGAGCACCUCACUUUGCUCCAGUUGAUGCCCAUGGAAAGGUGCAGUGCCUCCAAUUCUUCAUCAAGGCAAACACCGAAGUUGGACCUGCUGAGGGUGUGGUGCGAUUGGUCGAUUCCGGAGAGAAAUGGGAGAUUUUUACCUUCUUCACUGUCCUUCGCGAACUGAUGGGCUAUGAAGAGCCAGUGCGCCACAGAAGAGAUAAGGGAGUCGAACAUGUGCGGCAGCGUGAGAGCAAAAAUUGGAAGGACAAGCGGGAAGACAGUGUCAACUAUGUGGACAGCGAGCCUACCGUUGUGAUUGUUGGUGCUGGUCAAGCUGGUCUUACAGUCGCCGCGCGGUUAAAAAUGCUCAAAAUCAACGCGCUCAUAGUCGACAAGAACGGCCGAGUAGGUGACAGUUGGCGCAAACGAUACUACCAGCUUGUGCUGCAUGACCCCGUGUGGUAUGACCAUCUGCCAUACAUCGGUUUCCCAGAGCACUGGCCCGUCUUCACGCCAAAGGAUAAGAUGGCCGAGUUCUUCGAGGCCUACGCCAAUCUACUCGAGCUCAACGUGUGGAUGUCAACGACGCUCACCAAGUCGUCCUGGGACGAAUCAAAGAAGCAGUGGACAGUCACACUCGACAGGCAGAAAACUGACGGAACCAAGGAGACGAGGACACUGCAUCCUCGCCACAUCAUCCAAGCUACAGGCCACUCUGGCAAGAUGUUCUUUCCCAACAUUAGGGGCAUGGACAAAUUCAAGGGUGAUCGACUCUGCCACAGCUCCGAGUUCCCGGGCGCAAAACCCAAUUCAAAGGGGAAGAAAGCUAUCGUCGUCGGAUCCUGUAACUCGGGACAUGAUAUCGCGCAAGAUUUUUACGAGAACGGGUACGACGUGACCAUGGUCCAGCGAAGCUCCACUUCCGUCGUCUCCUCCAGCUCCAUCACAGACAUCGGCCUCAAGGGCCUGUAUGACGAGGACUCACCACCUGUCGACGACGCAGACCUCUGGCUGUGGAGCUUGCCCGCAGAGCUGUUCAAGGCGUUACAGGUCGGCGUAACGGAGCUGCAAAAUGCCAACGACGCCGAGCUGCUCAGCGGUCUUCAAAAGGCUGGCUUCCAGCUGGACAUGGGCCCCAGCCACGGUGGGUUCUUUGUCAAGUACUUCCAGCGCGGCGGGGGCUACUACAUUGACGUCGGCUGCAGCCAACUUAUCAUCGACGGAGAGAUCAAGAUCAAGGGCGGCCAAGAGAUCACCGAGGUGCUCCCCCAUGGUCUCCGAUUCGCGGAUGGGUCGGAGCUGAAAGGCGACGAGAUCAUCUUCGCCACGGGUUACCAAAACAUGCGGACGGAGGCGCGCAACAUCUUUGGCGAUGCGGUCGCUGAUCGGAUCGGCGACGUCUGGGGCUGGGACGAGGAGGGCGAGUUCAGGACCAUGUGGCGCAACUCGGGCCACCCUGGCUUCUGGUUCAUGGGAGGAAAUCUCGCGUUGUGUCGCUACUUUUCCAAGAUUUUGGCGUUGCAGAUCAAAGCGAGGGAAGAGGGAAUCGACCAGGGGCAGAGCCAGACCAAGGGUUUGGGAUUGGUGGGCGGCAUACCUAAGCUUUGA